AGUCUUCCUUGUUGUCUCAGCUUGUGCCUGCAUGGGGUGCAGACAAGGCAGCCAUGACAGUCUCCUAUACCUUGAAAGUGGCCAAUGCACGCUUUGGGGGCUUCUCCAAGUUGCUCUUCCGCUGGAAAGGGAGCAUCUACAAGCUGCUUUACAAGGAGUUUCUUGUCUUCAUCUUUCUCUAUGCAGCUCUCAGUAUCUUCUACCGGCACCUUCUGAAUAAGGAGCAAAAAGAUCUUUUUGAUAAAGUGGCUCGGUUCUGCAACAGGUCUACUGAGCGCAUCCCCUUGUCUUUUGUCCUUGGCUUCUAUGUCACACUGAUUGUGAACCGUUGGUGGGCCCAAUAUACCAGCAUCCCAUUGCCAGACCAACUGAUGUGCGUCGUUUCCAGCAACGUGCAUGGAAAGGAUGAGAAGGGACGAAUCUUGCGGCGCACGCUCAUCCGUUAUGCCAACUUGUCAUCUGUCCUCAUUCUGCGCUCAGUCAGCACCAGGGUGCUUAAGAGAUUCCCCACUAUGGACCAUUUAGUGGAAGCUGGUUUUAUGACACAGGAUGAGUACAAUAAGUUCGAAAGUCUCCACUCAGACUUCAACAAGUACUGGAUCCCCUGUGUGUGGUUCACCAAUCUAGCAGCCCAGGCACGGCGUGAUGGAAGGAUCCGGGAUGAUGUGGCACUCCGAUUGCUCAUGGAUGAGCUGAACCACUACCGCUCUAAAUGCAGCAUGCUUUUUCACUAUGACUGGAUCAGCAUCCCGUUGGUAUACACGCAGGUGGUCACUAUAGCAGUCUAUUCUUUCUUUGCCUUCUGUGUGGUUGGGCAUCAGUUCCUACAGUCCUCGGAGAAAGAAAAUGAGCAGUUAGAUAUGUAUGUGCCCCUGCCAACACUUCUGCAAUUCUUCUUCUAUGCUGGCUGGCUGAAGGUGGCAGAACAGAUCAUUAAUCCCUUUGGAGAAGAUGAUGAUGAUUUUGAAACUAACAAACUCAUAGACAGGAAUUUCCAAGUGUCUCUACUUUCAGUGGAUGACAUGUAUCAGAACUUACCUCCAACUGGAAAGGACAAAUACUGGAAUGAAUCUACAGCUCAGCCCCCAUAUACAGUUGCCACAGUGGCAGAAACCUUGAAACCUUCCUUCAUGGGAUCCACUUUUGACAUGAGGAUGAGUGAUGAUCCAGAGCACAGCCAACAAGUAGAAGCAUCCCCCAGCCCAAGCCGCAUCCAGACACCCCUCCUCACCCGCUUCUUCACCACAGCUGCCUCCCCUGCCAUUAGCCUCAAAAAUUUUGGUAAGGGUAGCCGCAUCCAACACCAACUACUCCGCUUGAGGACUGAAGGUACCUUCUCCUCUGCCAGCCCCAACUUCUCCCGCAGGGAAGAUCUAGAAGCAGUUGGUCGUAUUGAUGAGGAAGAGACGGAGGAUGAUGAAAGCAGGCUUAGUGAAGCCCAUACCCCUGACUCCCAACACGGACUCCCCCAUAAGCUUGGAAAAGCAGAUACGCAGAAGGAUGUGCCCCGUAUCACAGUAGAGUCCCCAGAUGACAUCAGUACCACUGACCAGCCCUCCAGCUAA